AGAAGUUGGGGUGCCCGGCUAGGAAAUAAGGAAGAAAUAAAAAGGGUCAAAGCCGGCGAGAGAAAUGGCCAUCACGUUCACGUCUCGUCACAUGGAUUUCAUAUACAGCAGCACGCAGGAGAUUCUUACGUAGGUCAGAUUGAAGUUUGCGGAAUCACAAUCGAUUCGCCGGGAAAUGGCGUUCGGAGACGUCGCCGCCUUCAAGUUUUUCUUUUUCUUGGCGGUGAUGUAUGGCCUCAUGUCGAUUCUGGCGUAUUCCGUGCUCCACCUGAAGCAUGUCGAACCCCUCGGUCUCCGCGCGCCCCUCGACCGCUUCUCCGAGGCCCGAGCCCUCGAACACGUUCGCGUUCUGUCUCAAGAGAUCGGCGGCCGUCAAGAAGGGCAUCCUGGUCUAACAAAAGCUGCUCAAUAUAUUAAAAUGCAGCUGGAAUUGUUAAAGGAACGAGCUGGGCCCAGUAUAAGAAUUGAGGUUGAGAAAAGCCUUGUGAAUGGCUCAUUCAACAUGAUGUUUUUAGGUCAUAGCAUAUCUCUUGGAUACAGGGAUCAUAUAAAUGUCAUGAUGAGGAUAUCAUCAAUAUAUUCACAAGACAAUGAGCCAUCAGUUUUGCUGAAUGGCCAUUUUGAUAGUCCCCUUGGUUCUCCAGGUGCUGGUGAUUGUGGCUCAUGUGUUGCAUCAAUGCUGGAAAUGGCCCGACUUAUAGUUGAUUCCAAAUGGGUUCCACCCAGACCUAUUAUUUUCCUUUUCAAUGGUGCUGAAGAACUUUUUAUGUUGGGUUCGCAUGGAUUUAUGAAGACACAUAAAUGGCGUAAUACAAUUGGAGCUUUUAUAAAUGUUGAAGCAUCUGGGACAGGAGGCCCUGAUUUAGUCUGCCAAUCUGGACCUGGAGCUUGGCCUUCCCUUGUCUAUGCUGAAUCAGCAAUACAUCCGAUGGCACAUAGUGCAGCUCAGGAUGUUUUCCCUGUUAUUCCUGGGGAUACAGAUUACAGAAUAUUUGCUGAAGAUUAUGGCAAAAUUCCUGGGCUGGAUAUUAUCUUUAUGCUUGGUGGUUACUUUUAUCACACUUCUUAUGAUACCAUAGAGAAUAUAAUACCUGGGAGCAUCCAAGCACGUGGGGACAAUUUGUUCAAUGUAAUGAAGGCAUUUGCCAAUUCAUCUAAGCUGCGGAAGACAAAUGAACUAGAAUCUCACCCAGGUGCUGCCAAUGGUUCCAAGGACGAUCGGGCUGUGUUUUUUGAUUAUUUGUCAUGGUUCAUGAUAUUUUAUCCAGGAAGGGCAGCCUUGGUACUUCAUAGUAUUCCUGUUGCUAUCUUCUUUCUUGUGCCAUUGCUUUUGCGUUUGCCAAAGUUUGGCUUGUCUUCUUGUUUUGCAACCUUAUGUGACUUCAUGAAAGGAGUGCUACUCCAUGCCAUUGGUGUUGUUCUGGGAACUAUAAUUCCCAUCAUUUUUGCCGUCUUAAGAUUGCUUUUCUCUAGUCAGGCGAUGAAUUGGUUUGCUCAUCCAUACUUGGCUUUCUUGAUGUUCAUACCCUGCUCCCUUGUUGGUUUGCUGAUUCCUAGAAUUGUUUGGAGACGUUACCCCCUUUCUCAAGAUGUUUCUGCUCUUAAAGAAUCAAAGGAGGUGCUAGCAGAUGAAGCCAGGUUUUGGGGAGCUUUUGGUUUUUAUGCUUUCUUAACUCUGGCUUAUCUUGUAGCUGGGUUGAGUGGAGGUUUCUUGGCUUUUUUCUUGUCAGCUUCUAUGCUAUCUGCAUGGCUUUUAUUCUGCCUAUCGACAAAGGGUUCUGGUCACCUAUCGCUCUGGUCAACAUUGUGUUAUGUGGUCCCUUUAACACCCUGCCUUACAUAUUCUGUCUACUUCGGAGGCUUUCUUGUUCAGUUCUUAAUUGAGAAGAUGGGCAUGAUGGGUUCUCUCCCACCUCCCUAUGGGUAUUUCAUUCCCGAUAUAAUUGUGGCAACAGUUGUUGGACUGGUAGCUGGUUGGUGUGUGGGCCCUCUGAUACCCGUUGCUGGUCAUUUCUUAGCCAGAUCAUCCAUCAUACAAUUCUUGCUGCACCUUAGUGUGGUUGCCUUGGCUCUGUCAUCACAGUUCUUCCCAUACAGCAUGGAUGCACCGAAAAGAGUUGUCUUUCAGCAUACAUUUUUUACUGCAGAUGCAAAUCGAAUUGUUGAUUCCAGUUAUGAUUUUGCUGUGCUUGAUUCCAAUUCCUUCCUUUUUCUUUUCAAAAAUGCACCUGAAGUUGCAAAGGAACUACCUAUUGGUUCUGAAUUGUCUUUUGAAACCUUUAGUGAGACUCAUCGCGACAAAUGGCUGGCACUUUUUCCUGUAUCUUUCUUGAUUUCGAGAAGCUUGAAGUUCCCUGCGAGAAGUGAUGAUAUUAUGAAGCAAUAUAACCAUUUCCCCCAUUUGUCAACUUAUAAACCACAAUCAAUGUCUGAUGAGGGAUCCCGAAGAAUUCACUUGGAAUUGAACUUAGGUUCUUUGGAGAAAGUUUGGGUUGCUGUCCUCAACAUUACAGGUCCUUUGUCUAGUUGGUCAUUUGCAGAGAACGUACUUCCAGCUCCUGAAAGAGUUGAUGGCGGCCCCUUGUCAUACAUAUGUAGACUCAGUGGCAGUAGCCACAAGAACUGGACCUUCUGGUUGGAGGCUGCCAGUUCUGAAGCAUUGCGAGUGGAGGUUGCCGUGCUGGACCAAUAUUUAGUGGGCCCCGCAGAGAAGCUCAAAAGCCUCUUUCCAAAAUGGGCUGAUGUCACUGCCUACACAAGUUUUAUGUCCACUUACAUUUUGUAGUUGUUUUAUGUCACUUCUUUUAAGCUUUAUCAAAAUUGAGACUGCCUCAAUUCUUAUUUAUUGUUAUUUUAAUAAUAAUGAUAAUAAUGUUAUUAUUAUUAUUAUUAUUAUUAUUAUUAUUAUUAUUAUUAUUAUUUUAAAAACAAGUUUUGUAUGUGACUGGUAUUUUGAUAUAGUUAUUAUAAUUUAAUUCUGGAUUAAAUUAACAUUAAAUAAAUUAAAA